AUGAUCCGAACAGUCCGUCAAACCACCAUACCCAUCCACACUCUCCGCCUCACCCGCUCAUACGCUUCGCCAGCUCUCGCCUCUUCCCCCUCUUCCUCCUCAAAAAGCGGUCUAUCACCACUCGCCGCAGCUGCUGCUAAAGAAGUAUCAGACAGAUGGAGAGGUACUUCCGCCGUUGGGGGAAAUACCAAGAAUUACAUCGGAGGGGAAUUUAAAGAGAGUAAAGCUGAGAAAUGGUUGGAUGUGAAUGAUCCCUCCACCCAAACCCUCCUUACCAAAGUCCCCGAAACCACCUCAUCAGAGUUCACAGAGGCUGUCGACGCCGCUUCUCAAGCUUUCAAAACUUGGGGUAAAACCAGUGUGAUGAGGAGACAGAGGGUCAUGUUUGAACUACAACACCUUAUCAGACAACACUCAUCGGACAUUGCCAAAUCCAUCGUUCUCGAACAAGGCAAAACUUUCGCCGACGCCUUGGGUGAUGUAGGAAGGGGUCUUCAGGUAGUUGAAUCAGCUACUGCUAUCACCAAUACAUUGUUAGGUGAUAAGUUGGAAGUUUCAGCGGAUAUGGAUACGUUCUCUAGGAGAUUACCUCUCGGUGUCACUGCUGCGAUCACACCUUUCAACUUUCCCGCUAUGAUUGUUCUUUGGAGUGCGGCCUUGGCUACUGUCACUGGUAACACUCUUAUUGUCAAGCCUUCCGAAAGAGAUCCGGGAGCUACCAUGAUCAUUGCCGAACUUUGUGAGAGAGCUGGUAUACCACCUGGAGUGAUCAAUGUCGUUCACGGCUCUGCACCUACCGUCAAUAGAAUCUGCGACGAUCCAGCUAUCAAAGCUAUCUCGUUUGUUGGAGGUGAUAAAGCCGGUGAACAUAUUUACAAUAGAGCUACGCCAUUAGGAAAGAGGGUCCAAGCUAAUUUGGGUGCCAAAAAUCACUGUGUGAUCAUGCCUGAUGCCAACAAGAAUCUCUCGCUUAAUGCUGUAGCUGGAGCCGCUUUCGGUGCUGCCGGUCAGAGAUGUAUGGCACUUUCAGUUGCCAUUUUUGUUGGUACCGCCAGACAAUGGAUUCCUGAGUUGCUGGAGAGGGCAAAGGCUUUGAAAGUCUCGGGUGGUUUCGAAGAAAACACUGAUCUCGGCCCUGUCAUUUCCCCACAAGCAAAAGCCAAGAUCGAACAUUACAUCGCAUCUGUCGAGAAGGAAGGUGGAAAGAUCUUACUUGAUGGAAGAGGGUUGACUGUUCCUGAGUAUCCUAAUGGAAACUUUGUUGGCCCGACUGUCGUAGAAGCUACUGUCGAUAUGACUGCUUACAAAAAUGAGAUCUUCGGUCCGGUAUUGACUAUUGUCGAAGCUGAUACGCUUGAUGAUGCUAUUGAGAUCAUCAACCAGAACAAGUAUGGAAAUGGUGCUUCCAUCUUCACCAAUUCUGGAUCAACGGCUAGAAAGUUCGAACUUGAAGCUGAACCUGGACAGAUCGGAGUGAACGUUGCUGUUCCUGUCCCCCUCCCAAUGUUCAACUGGUCAGGUAACAAGGGUUCAUUCAAAGGUGAUAUUCCCUUCUACGGUAAAUCCGGUAUCGACUUCUACACUUAUCGAAAGACUACUACUUCACUUUGGCCAGCUGCGGAUGCUGUUGGCAACAGGGCAAGUGUACACAUGCCUCAAAUCCAUUAA